UCCGUCAUUUCCCAUUCAUUUGUCAGCAGUUAAUAAUUUUGUUUUGCAAAAUUGUUCAGUUAACUCCCGUCGUAAUGGCCGGUCGUCUGCUUAGUAUCCUGAAUCUGGGCGAAAACAUCCUGCCCAAAUGCAAGCUGCUCCAUCAAUCUUUAUAUUGUUCGAGGGGAAUGGCUAAGAAGAAGGACCAAAGCCAUGGCACCGAGAAGGGCAAGAAGACCUGUGGAAAGACCCAGUUCUUUGGCGGCUGCUUCAAGAAAUCGGAACCUUUUAGGAGGGAGAACAAGAAGGAGAAAAGCAAACGCUGUCGGGAUCCCUGCAUAGAUGGACCUUGCCGGCCUGAGAAAUAGAUUUCUUUCGGAUUCAUAAAAACUGCAAUCACU